CCUGCCUCCGCCCCCUCCCUGGCAGCGACAUAGACAGGAGACAUGGAGCUCAGCACUGCCUGCUCUGCCUGCUGAUUUCCAGGACUCGGUUGUUUGCAUCAAGAUCUUCAAAGGAGAUUAUAUAAAAUAUCAUGAGUUGCCUUUUGGAUCAAGAACAUAUACAACACAACUGAUACCUUAAAAACUGGAUGUUGGGAGAGUGUGUAGUGACCUCGACACAGCUGUUCUUGUCACUUCUCACUAAACAUCCUUUAAACCAUGAGUGGGUUUCUUUCAUAUCUGGACCCAAGACGGAUUCCAUGGCGGGCCACGUGGCAUGCAAUCAAUGCAAGAGUGCUGCGAACCAAGCCUGUAGAGUCUAUGCUAGAAGGAACUGCAGGAACCUCUUCUCAUGGAACCAAGUUGGCUCGCGUACUUACUACAGUGGACCUUGUUUCACUUGGUGUUGGCAGCUGUGUGGGAACCGGGAUGUAUGUUGUUUCUGGACUAGUUGCUAAGGAAAUGGCUGGACCUGGAGUAAUUGUCUCUUUCAUUAUUGCCGCUGUAGCAUCUAUCUUGUCAGGUGUGUGCUAUGCUGAAUUUGGAGUUCGUGUUCCCAAAACCACAGGUUCUGCUUAUACAUACAGUUAUGUCACUGUUGGGGAAUUUGUGGCUUUCUUCAUUGGGUGGAAUUUAAUCUUGGAGUAUCUGAUUGGUACAGCAGCUGGAGCGAGCGCACUCAGUAGCAUGUUUGACUCCCUCGCCAAUCAUACUAUCAGCCAUUGGAUGAUUGAGAGUGUUGGGACUUUAAAUGGAUUAGGAAAAGGAGAAGAAUCCUAUCCAGACCUCCUUGCUUUGGUCAUUGCAGUAAUUGUGACGAUAAUUGUGGCCUUGGGAGUAAAGAAUUCCGUUGGCUUUAAUAAUGUGUUGAAUGUGAUUAACAUGGCCGUGUGGGUGUUUAUCAUGAUUGCUGGCCUUUUCUUCGUCAGUGGGAAAAACUGGUCAGAAGGAAAUUUUCUACCAUACGGAUGGUCAGGGGUUCUAAAGGGUGCAGCCACAUGUUUCUAUGCUUUCAUUGGCUUUGACAUCAUUGCUACCACAGGAGAGGAAGCAAAAAGUCCCAACACCUCUAUUCCAUAUGCUAUCACAGCUUCACUAAUUACCUGUCUCACAGCCUAUGUGUCUGUCAGUGUUAUAUUAACAUUAAUGGUACCUUACAAUAUGAUUGAUUCAGAAUCACCACUAAUGGAGAUGUUUGUAGCCCAUGGAUUCUAUGUUGCUAAAUUCAUUGUGGCCAUUGGAUCUGUAGCUGGGCUUACUGUCAGCCUGUUUGGGUCUCUGUUUCCCAUGCCCAGAGUCAUUUAUGCCAUGGCUGGUGAUGGAUUAUUGUUCAGGUUUUUGUCCCAUGUCAGCUCCUAUACAGAGACUCCUGUGGUGGCUUGUAUUGUCUCUGGAUUCCUUGCAGCCCUUCUCUCUCUGUUGGUCAGUCUUCGGGACCUAAUAGAAAUGAUGUCUAUAGGAACUCUCUUAGCAUACACCCUUGUUUCCGUGUGUGUACUACUAUUACGUUACCAGCCUGAAAGUGAUAUUGAUGGUUUUGUAAAAUUUCUGUCUGAGGAACACACCAAAAAGAAAGAAGGAAUCCUUGCUGACUGUGAAAAGGAAGCCUGUUCCCCCAUGAGUGAUGGAGAGGAGUUCUCAGGUCCUGCCACCAACACAUGUGGAGCAAAGAACCUGCCCUCUCUUGGAGACAAUGAAAUGCUGAUUGGGAAAUCUGACAAGGCCAACUACAAUAUGAACCACCCAAACUAUGGAACAGUGGACAUGACAUCUGGAAUUGAAGCUGAUGGUUCUGAAAAUAUCUAUCUUUUUAAACUGAAAAAAUUUAUUGGACCAAGAUAUUAUACAAUGAGGAUUCGUCUUGGCUUGCCUGGGAAAAUGGAUCGACCAACUGUUGCCACUGGUCGAACAGUGACCAUCUGUGUCAUGCUUCUGUUUGUCCUGUGUUUCAUUUUUUGCUCCUUUAUUAUAUUUGGUGCAGAUUACGUAUAUGACCAAGUAUGGUGGGCUGUCAUUUUGGUCAUUUUGAUGGUACUGCUUAUCAUUGUCUUGGUUUUUGUUAUUCUUCAGCAACCAGAGAACCCAAAAAAGUUGCCUUACAUGGCACCGUGUGUCCCUUUUGUCCCUGCAUUUGCAAUGCUGGUCAAUAUUUAUCUUAUGCUCAAACUGUCCUCUAUCACAUGGAUUCGAUUUGCUGUCUGGUGCUUUGUGGGUUUGCUGAUAUAUUUUGGCUAUGGAAUGUGGAACAGCACCUUGGAAAUCAGUGCAAGAGAAGAAGUUCUCCAUCAGAGCACAUACCAGCGAUAUGAUGUUGAUGACACUUUUUCAGUCGAUGAUGGUUACUCUAAUGCUCCAGAAGAAGAAAAAUCCCAAGACUGGGAAAAUGCAGAUACAAAAGGCCACUACUAUCAGCAAGCAGCAGAAGCACAGGACAGCAAUCGGACAAACACCAGAUCUAAAACUAAAGGGAAACAUAAGCAGGACUUUCAGGCACUGAUUGCCAAUGAGGAGUUGGACUACCCUGAGGAAUAAAAGUAAAACAUUGCUUUUUUCAUCCACCACAACUGUGGCCUAAAAUACAAGCAUUUCUGAGGCCCUAUAUAGGGGUUUCUCUAUCUCACACAGUGUACUGCUAAGUUGUAAACAAGUGUUUAACAGUUUGCUGAUUUUCAUACCUGUUUGGCUUAAAUUAUCUGGCAUAAAUUAUCUUAUAUUAACU